AUGAAUAGUUUUGAAACUGUCAAAGAAUAUUUUAAAAAUAUUGAUUUUGAUAUUGUUGAUGAUUCCUUGAUAUUAGAUAAUGUCUAUAAAGAAAUAGAUGGAUAUGAAGAGAAACUUGCAUUAGAUCUAGAGACUGUUAUUAAUUUUGAAUUACUUGUUCAAAAAAGUAAUUUUUUACAGAUUAUUAAUUUGUGUAAAAAAAUUAAUAUUCAUUUUUUGUCUUUAAAGAAAACUGGUUCUAAGUUUAUUGAACUUAUUUUUGAGACAAUUAAUAUUAUGAAAGAUUUAGAUUGGAAGCUUAUUCAUAAGUUUAUAUUUAAACCCGUUAUUAAUAAUUUUACUGAACUUUGUGUUGACAAAAAUGCAACACAUGUAGUGCGUAAAUUUUUUAUUAUUUAUUUUUGCGAUAAAAACAUUGAACGUCGUAAUUUUAAAAAUGAAUUUUCUUAUAUUUUGAAAGAAGAUAUGUCACUUGACACUCUUAUUACUGUAAUACACUACUUAAAGUUUAUGAAGUCGAAAUCUUUGUUAAGAAAAAUUGUUAGGAUUUUUGUAAAUUCAAAAUAUACAUUUAAUAAGUUGUAUACAUAUAUUUUUGAAGAUUUAAUAAAUCUCUCAGAUGAUAAAUCUUUAGAAAUGGUUUACCAACGCAUUAAACCACAGUUUAUAGACUAUAUAAAUGAUAACUAUGGUGUGUUUGUAAUUUUGGCGCUUAUAAAAAAAUAUCCGAAAGAAAAUGAUUUUUAUUUUUCAUAUUGCACGAAAGGUAUGAAAAAUACGAACGUUUUACUGCGAGUAACUGAAAAUUACUGUAAACUUGGGGAAUAUAAAAAAGUUAAAAAAAUUUUACUGAAUUUUUAUGAAAUAAAAAAUGAAGUCUUUAAAAACUUGUUGUUAAGGAGCACUGAUACACCAGAUACAAAGCAUAUAAAUCUUGUAGUAUGUCUUAUGAAUGCUAAUUUAUAUGGCAUUAAUGAUGAUUUUAUUAAAUAUUAUAAAAAUGAAUGGAUACAUAGAAAAUUUGGAUUGACAUUACUUAAAGGCUUUUUUGAAGGAGGCGCAGAAAAUGCUUGUAAAUCUGCUUUUGCUAGAAAAAUAAAUGUUGGUGCUAGCUUACAUAAAAAAAAGGAAGGUAAACAAUUGUUAAACCUUAUAAAAUCAUAUAAAAGAUUAUAA